AUGAGUGAUUAAAAGGAUUCAAAGAAAAAUCCAUAAGAUAAACUUGAUAAUACAGUUGAUGGUGAUGAAACAGGAGACGAAGGUGAUAUUAAAUAUGAUAUUAUAGAUCCUCCAAUAGUAUAGGAAAAUCUAAUAACAGGAGAAAAGAAAAAGAUAGGAGGCAUUAUUAGAAUACUUAGAUUUAAAGGCUAAAAUAAAAGAAUCAUCUAAGCUCAAUAUACUUUUUAUUAUGGAUAUCACUGGAUCAAUGGAAUCUUAUCUCCUUGA